AUGGCCCCCGAAGAUCCAAACCCCGCCCACCCCCUCUACAACACGACCUUCUCCCUCCUCCGAGUCUCCCCACUGUACACCGGCCGCCACGGCCCCCUCAGCAACGCGACUCUGCGAAAGCAUGCCCAACGAUUCCGCGACAUACUUGUUGGCGAAGUCUUGCGCGGCGUGCGCGUAGGCCUGGGUACUAAAGAAGAUGACGUUCUGUCGCGCGUCGGCGCCUUGCAAACCGUGACAUGGCGCCAGCUCCCCGAGGAACAGGCUUGGAGCGCAGCGGACGAGACGGGAUCGGCCCACGACGAUGUUGCAACGGGUUUGGCGCUCCUCUGCAGGGGGAUGAUAGUCACGGUCGCGUACGAGAAGAUAGAGUACAGGGCUAUCCUGCUGCGGGACGGGCGGGGCGACGAUGCGGAUGCCUCCUCGAUGGGCACGGGUGGGAAGGAGACGGAUGAUGGGUUUCAGAGCUUCCCUUUGCUCAUGACCAAGAUGCCUGGGUCGCUGCGAGAGGCUUUCACUGAGUUUCUGGCUAGCACUUUUGAUACCCGGGUCUCGGCGUUGUGUCUCUCGAGCCAGUACCUCGUGAGCGCAUUCGAGAGGUACCUGGCUGAUAUCUCCAUGGGGGAAGAUGGCGAACCCCUUGGUCUCAUCGAGAGAAGCAGGGCGUUGAGACACACUAUCAAGGAGACGUUAGUGGUCAUCGGAUUUGAUAUCCCCGGUGGCUCUGCCGCGCUGAAGACCAUAGACAUUAACAUUGCGAGAGAGGAUCUGCCACGGAUGGUCGCAAGGGGAAAGACUAUUGGAAGGCAGGGAGACGGAGAUUCUCCCUUUUUUGAGGCUCUGACGACGUAUAUCAAGGGACACAUGGCCUUGGAUCUGCGCAACGAGAAGGUGAAGAUCUCGAGAAUUGCUUGCGGGGCAUUUGUCCUGGGCUCUGAAGGGAAGAUCAAGUUGACCCAAUUACCAAGUGAGAGCGACGGGCAGUCGUCUCGGGGUCCAGCUACUCGUCGCUUGAUAAAUGGGCUGAUCGGAGCUGCGGCUGGUGUCUUGUUGUCUGGUGGCUGA